AUGGCCAACCAAGAAGGCGACACAGCGUAUUUACCACUGGAGGUAAGUUUCAUCAUCAGUAUUAUCAUUAACAGCAUCGCCUGUCCCUUCACAGUUGUGCUCAACGCGCGGGUGAUAAUGGCCGUGAAAGAGAGACACCGACUUCGAACCAACAGCAACAUUUUGCUGGCCUGUUUAGCCGUGACUGACUUAUUCACUGGUCUUCUUGGCCAGCCAUCGUUUAUCCUCUGGAGGGUAUUCCUAUUCUUGGGUCUCAAGAGCAGUCGAACAGUGGGAAGUUUCCAUUUCGAUGCUCUGGCCGUUUUUGUAGUGGCGUCAUACGUUCAUCUGAUGUUGGUUACGUUGGAGAGGCUCAUAGCAAUCAAAUUUACGAUGUUUUACUCAAAAAUUGUAACUGGUCAUAACAUGAAGAUGGCAGUGUCAGUAGCCUGGAUCAUUGCCUUUAUGUGCGGGGUUUUCAAUGUGUUAAAAAUGUACCAUGUGUUACUUCCUGUGGGAGGCCUCAUCACUUUUUCAUGUAUCGUUUUUGUGGCCUUAGCUUAUGCGAUUUUGUAUCAUGAAACCCGUCGCCACCAAAGAAAAAUAAAGGCACAGCUACUUCCCAAAGAAGAAGUGGAAAGAUUUACCAAAGAGAACAAGGCGCUUAAAACGACUGUCUUAGUAAUAGUUGCUGUUGUUGUCUGCGUUCUCCCUCUUUGUUUCUGUCAGAUCACGAUGUCUACAGGCCUUUAUAAUUAUUGCCCCAUCAACGUGUUAGUGCUACAAACAUUUGUUAUGUUUAACUCGCUUGUUAAUCCACUAAUUUACUGCUGGAGACAAAAAGAAAUGCGAAAGUUCAUAUUUAGAAUGCGAACCCAGGUUGUGCAUCCAGUUAUCCAGUGA